AUGCCGCCCCGUUUGAAUCUUUUUACGGCCAGAGCGGCGGUCUUCCGCCCGGCCUCCAGCAACCAGUCCGUGUCUCGCCGCAGUAUCACCUCGCUUCUCAACGCCAACCGCUCGUCUGCCGCAUCGUCGAGCGCGAAUGGCCUGAAGUCGUACCUGCCGCAGACGCGAUACAGCUCGUCGGAUUCCAAGGGAAAGGAUGAUGCUGCGAAGGUGCCGGAAGAGCCUCUGCCUCAUGUCAGUGAGGAGGCCGCAGAGGUGGCUAACAUCAUGAACAAGAAGUGUGAUGGUAGUGCGCCGGCGAGUCCGGAGCUGGAGCAGGGGACGCCUAUUUCGGAGAUCUUCAAACGAGACACCGACGACCAGAAGUACGCCCCCAAGGUGCUCAAGGACCAGAGCAAGGGUCCCUCGGGCACCCGCUCGUUCUCGACUUCGACCCGCCGGACACAGGCCGACCUCCAGGGCGAUAACCAGAUGGAGCCCGCCGCCGCCAUGGUGGCCAGCAUGAUCUCCCAAGUCAACCAACAGGCGGCGGAGCUCAACCCGGGCCUGAAAUUCCCCGCGCCCGAAUCCCUCCCCAGGACCGAGAACUUCCGCACGCGUUACGAUACUCUCCUCGAUCAGUUCACCAAGCAGCUGAUGCGGGAUGGCAAGUUGGCUACUGCCCAACGGAACAUGUCUAUCAUCCUGGACCAUCUCCGGACCUCCUCCCCUCCCCAGGUCCACGCCAAGCGCCGCCUGCUCGGCAGUCCUUCCACCCCGCAACUCCCCAUGAACCCCGUCCUCUACCUCACGCUGAUCAUCGACUCUGUGGCCCCCGUGAUCAAGCUGCGCCAACAAAAAGGUAUCGCCGGUGGUGGUGCGUCCGUGCCCGUGCCCUUCGCGCUGAACCAGCGACAGCGCCGCCGUCAGGCAAUCCGGUGGAUCAUCGACGCCUCGGACAAGCGACGGGACAGCUCGCUCGCUCAGCGGGUCGCCAAUGAGUUGGUUUCCGUUGCUGAGGGGCGUAGCGGUGUGUGGGAGCGUCGGGAGCACACGCAUAAGAUGGGUGUGGCUGUGGCACGCUUCGCUUCUGCGACGAGUGCCUUCAGUGACAACGACCACUUGAACCCCCCUGCGCCCCCCACUUCUGGCCAGAACAUCGAGCUCCUCGACUAUCCCGUACGACCUGAGACUGUCCCUGGCGCACCCUCGUCGCCGACCACAUCCCCCAAUCAGGACCCCCGAUCCAUUGACUCGUUCCGAGAGGCGAAAGAGCGUGCAUACCCCAGGCGGUAUCUCCGGGACAGACCCUUCACGCUUAAGUACUGGGUCGAGGCGCUUCACCGCCGCGCCCGCGAUCCUCAGGACGCCGCCAACAUGAAGUUCUCGCACAGUCUCCAGUUCAAUGCGGUGCCGGAAUGGAGCUCCCAUUACAUUGCUUACAGCAAUCUCAAGAAAUUGGUAUACACGUUGGAACAGCAAGUCCACAAGGCCAGUGGACGCCCCCGUGCCGAUGUGGAAUCUGCCCCGCUGCUGGAUGAUUCCCCCAACCCGGACGCCGUCUUCCGCCACGCUCUCAAUACCGAACUGGAUAAGAUAUGCCUCUUUUACGACGACAAGGAGGAUGAGAUCCUCCGGGAGGUCGAUGGCGUCGUCAAAGAAGCCGAUGAUUAUGCGAUCAACUCCGCCGGUGUCAAUAUCGAUCCGAUGAGCGAGAACAUGAUCAAAGCGCGGACAAUGAGUGCAGGCUCCCAGCCGCGACCGAUGUUUUCCUUUCGCGACCACCAUCCGGAUGCCGACCGACGUCGGAGCGCCAUCAGCGCGUCCGCGGCCGAGGACUUUGACGACGAUAGCGACGACGAGGCACAAGCCCAGGCCUCCCGUCCGGGGACAUCCCACUCACGUGGCGCAGAGUCCAACCCCCUGGAAGGAAACCACACCGAUGGCAUGGGCGACUCGAGCUACCUGGGCGACUCGCGACUGAUGCGCAGCCGCAGUGGGCCCCAGGUCGAACAUUUCACUGACCUCCACAUUCUGGACCUGUACAAUGCCGGCCUCUCGCUGAAGAAGCGGGCUGUCGACGCUUAUGUCUCGCUCUGCGGGCUCAAGUCCUUCAUCCAGUUGAACCGCACCGGUUUCUCCAAGAUCCUCAAGAAGUACGACAAGACCCUGGAUCGUAACCUCCGGCGAGAGUACAUGAACUCCACCGUGGCCUGCGCCUAUCCCUUCUCGGACUCGACCAUGGCCACGGUGGAAGACCGCAUCCAUAUGAUGGAGAAAGUCUAUGCGGACGUGGUCACCUCGGGGGACCUGCCGCUUGCCACGCGCGAGCUGCGGCUCCAUCUGCGGGAGCAUGUGGUCUGGGAGCGGAAUACAGUCUGGCGCGAGAUGAUUGGCAUCGAGAGGAAAGCCCAGGCGGCCAAUGUCGGCAUCCGCCGGACCCUCCUGGGCGGAGAUGAAGAUCCCGCCACUGCACGGCGCCAGGGUGACGAACAGGAGGGGGCCACUAAGGAGCUCCGGACUCCCCUAGGCGUGUUCUAUCCGCCUCAGUGGCUCUGCAGCUUGAGUUUUGGGUCCCUCAUCCUCAUCCUAUGUAUCUUUGCGGCUUUGCUUGCUAGCCCUAUCAUGGAGAAGCCGGAGCAGCAAAACUGUCUGGCCAUGCUGAUCUUUGUUAGUAUGCUGUGGGCUACAGAGGUCAUUCCGCUCUUCGUCACUUCCCUCCUUAUCCCCUUCUUGGUGGUCGUACUCCGCAUCAUGAAGUCGACAGACAAGCCCUAUCACCGUUUAGGGACCAAGGAGGCCACCGGUGCUGCGUUCAGCGCCAUGUGGACACCCGUCAUCAUGCUGCUGCUCGGAGGAUUUACCAUUGCAGCGGCAUUGUCCAAGUACGAUAUUGCUCGUCGCAUGGCUUUGGUAGUCUUGAGCAAGGCUGGUGCGAAACCGGGCAUGGUGCUGCUUGCCAACAUGUUCGUGAGCAUGUUUCUCAGCAUGUGGAUUAGCAACGUCGCUUCGCCGGUGCUGUGCUAUUCGAUCAUUCAGCCUCUGUUGCGGAAUCUCCCUCCUGACUCCAGGUUUGCCAAAGCCCUCGUGCUGGGUAUCGCGCUUGCGGCCAAUGUAGGAGGUGCUGCGUCGCCUAUCGCGUCGCCGCAGAAUAUUAUCGCUCUGCAAAACAUGUCCCCGAACAUCAGCUGGGGCACGUGGUUCUUCGUCGCGCUUCCAGUCUGCAUCAUCUCCAUCUUCCUCAUCUGGGUGUUGUUGCUGAUUACAUUCAACGCCAACCACGGCACGACCAUUGUCCCCAUCCGACCGAUCAAGGAGAAAUUCACCGGCGUCCAGUGGUUCGUCACCUUGGUCACGUUGUCGACGAUCGCCCUGUGGUGCGGCAGCCAUCAACUCGAGCACGUCUUCGGCGACAUGGGCGUCAUCGCCAUCAUCCCGAUGGUCCUCUUCUUCGGCACCGGCAUCCUCAACAAAGAAGACUUCAACAACUUCCUCUGGACCAUCAUCAUCCUCGCCGCAGGUGGCCUCUGCCUCGGCAAAGCGGUCACCUCCUCCGGCCUCCUCCACACCCUCGCCGGCAGCAUCCGCACCCAGGUCGAGCAUCUCAGUCUGUACGGCGUUUUGAUCGUCUUCUCCGCCCUGAUCCUCGUCGUCGCCUCCUUCAUCUCCCACACCGUCGCCGCCCUGAUCAUGCUCCCGCUCGUCCGCCAGAUCGGCGUCGGCAUGGAAGACCCCCAUCCCGAUCUGUUGGUCAUGGCCAGUGCCCUGAUGUGCUCCGUCGCCAUGGCCUUGCCAACCAGCGGUUUUCCCAACAUGACCGCCAUCAUGACCGAAGUGCCCCAGACAGGCCAACGCUACCUCCAAGUCCGCCACUUCUUCACUCGCGGUAUCCCAGCCAGUAUCAUGUCUUUUGCAGUCAUCGUCACGCUGGGGUACGGAUUGAUGUAUAUAGCCGGAUUAUGA